AUGGCCGCGUUCGUCUUUGUCAGAUUUAGAUCUCAGCAGCGUUGGAAACUCCGUGAAAUCUUUGCGCACAACGUAGUGCCACGUUAUAAGUACCCUACUACGGUAGAGCUGAAAAACGUGACGUGCUCCGUGGAUGAUGAUCGCAUCAUAAUUGAUGACGUAAGUGCGACGUUUCACCCAGGGGAAAUCGUGGGCGUUCUGGGACCGAGCGGCUGUGGAAAGACGACGCUCAUGAACGCGCUUGUUCACGGAAACUUUCUCAAAAGUGGAACGAUAUUGGUAAAUGGAGAAGAGUUGGACGAAAAGCGACACAACCUCGCGUUUGUUGCGCAGCACACGCCUAUGAUCGCGCAGUUAAGCGUUUACGAAACGUGCUGGGUCGCAGCAAGCCUACGACUACCCUGGUUCUUGCACGCGAACGAGCUGCAUGAGCGCACUCAUGAUGUCAUAAAUUCUCUCGGAUUAACACACGUCUCCAACUCUCGCGUUGGCGGGACGCUGUCACAGAAACAAACAUUGAGUGGAGGCGAAUUGCGCAGGGUUGCGAUCGCGCAGGAGCUGGUUGUGGAUCCAACAACGAUUAUCUUAGAUGAGCCGACUUCUGGACUAGAUGCACACACGUCCUGGCGCGUAUUCACACUCCUGCGUGAUCUCGCAUCUCACCAAGAAAAGGUCGUCGUCGCAACCGUGCAUCAACCGUCGAGGCGUGUCCUGGAUAAUUUUCACAAAAUUCUUGUUCUCACGCAGAACGGCCGCUUG